AUGAGGGAGGAUACACCAGAUUCCCAGUCACGUCCACGACGAGCGUCUUUGAUCAAAGCAACUGAAAGCAUCAAGAAAGUCGCGGCACCGAAAAAGAAACGUGAAGAUGUGUACGAAGUCGAGGACAUUAUUUCUCACAUUGUUGUCGACGGCGAGGCUCUCUAUAGAGUCACUUGGGUAGGAUAUCCAGGCGAAGUCACUGAACUAACUGAGGAUGAAUUGUCGAACUGUACCGAACUUCUGCAAGCAUACAAACAGAAAGUGAUGGAGAGUGGUGAUACUAGCUUGCUAUCGGUGAUGCAGCCCAGCUCGAAUCAAGCUUCGGAAAGGGGCGAUUUUAAUAAUGGCUAUGGACAUGAUCAGCAAAUGUCUACGCCAGAGAAUUCUAGCGUAAGAAUCGAAGGAGGAUGGGAAACGUCAGAAGACUGA